UGGCCGGGAGAGAGGUGAUACCGUGAAGUUUCUAACCUGACACAGUUUGGGGGACUGGAGGGGAGGGAGAAGAAAAAGGUGUCUUGAACGGAACGGUAGAUCUGCUUCCUUCCUGCUCCCCACGUGCCCUGUUUCUCUCCCCACCGGUUUGGCUACUUAGGAUGAUUCUCCGGAGGCGGAUCCCAUGCCGGAAUCCUGCCUCUUUCCCUUUCCUUCUCUUCUCUCCUCCCCACCCAUCCGGGCUGCUCUGGGGCCCCAGAGGGCACUGCCCCCGGCGGGGAGGACGGCUGGUUAAUCUUUGAACUGGUGAGAGUUGGAGAAUUCACGCUCAGCUCCGUGCUGAGUAUCCCUAACGCGGGACCGAACAGAUCGGGUCUUUCCCACUCUCCACUUCUUAGGAAUUCCGCGGCACCUGCCCCCUCGAGGACUUCUUAAGCGAACCCUGGGGUCGGGAGGAGAAAAAGCUACAGAUCCCUUCAUGCUUGUUGAGUUUACUGAAGUCUGCUCCCAAGACCACCAAGAGGAUAAAUCUACAUCCAGGGAUCAAGAGACAUCAGUCUGCUUGUUAGACAGUGAAUCCUACUGCACCCUGGAGGAAGAAGGAACUUAUCCCCUACCUUCUCAGGUGCCUGCACACCAUGACCUGGAGUCCUUCCAUGUGGAAUCUGAUAACUCUCCCAAUUGGCUUCGGAUCCGGACCCUCCUGCAGCAGCUACCUCCACAAGACAGUGAUGAAAGGUACUGUUCAAUGCUUGGGGAAGAAGAGAGAUUCCAACUUCGGCUGUUCAGUGCCCAUCGUAGACAGCAGGCCCUGGGUCAGGGGGUCAUCCAAAUGGUGCCCCCUGGGUUUGAAGGACACAUGUGUGAGAAGUGUGGUACAAAUCUGAAACCAGGUGAGCCUGGGGUGUUUGCAGCUAGGGCAGGGGAGAAGAGUUGCUGGCAUCCUGGCUGUUUUACCUGUCAGGCCUGUAGCCAGGCCCUACUAGACCUGAUCUAUUUCUACCACAAGGGACACCUGUACUGUGGCAGGCACCAUGCAGAGCUGCUCCGACCUCGCUGCCCUGCCUGUGACCAACUCAUCUUUUCUGGCCGGUGCACAGAGGCUGCAGGGAGACGCUGGCAUGAAAAUCAUUUCUGCUGCUUAGACUGUACAAGACCCCUUACUUCGGGGCAGUAUGCUCUGCCUGGUAGUGGUCCCUGUUGCUCCAGAUGCUUUGAAAUUCGUCUUCACUCUGAUUUGGACCCCAGCCAGUCUGGAGGAGAAGAGGCCUUUGCCUCCCAGAACAAUGAUCCUACUGUUGUCUCCUCCACUUCCUGUCAUGAAAACGGGAUGGAGCAGCCUAGAGACGGCCUUGAGAAAGAUGAAACUCCUCAGAGCUUCUUAAGCAGCGCUGGGAUCCUUGAGAAGGGCCACGCAGGGAGCAGACUGAGUCGCUCUUUGAGGACCCCGCUUCCAGGAGAAGAAGGACCCUGCCCCACUUGUUCUUCCUCUUCAGAUUCUGAACCUGAUGGCUUUUUCCUUGGACAACCUCUACCCCAGCCAGGAGCUGGGCGCCUUGCUGCUCCUGGCAGUCUUCCCUUGCGCGCUGGGGGCAGAGCGGCAGGGAGACAGUGUAGAGUCUGCUAGAAUUCGGCCCUCCUCAUCCUUCCUUCCUCCUCACCCCGUCCCCUCCCCCACAGGAAAUGGAGCCUGGAGUCCUGGGCGAAGGCGACUGCGAUGGAUAAAAAUGCUGCCGUUUCACCAGUUCCAGGCCCGGUUCCCGGGGUGGGAGUGAGCGCGGAGGAUUCUGGGUGAAGGCGCUCAUCCUCCCGACGCGCAGAUACUUUUCUGGGUCUUUAAAGCCUGGGGACCACUCCCAGCUCUUUGCCCCAAGUACAGCGUUAGCUUUUCGUUGACAGCCGCCCUUAGGCCGAUGGCAUUUUGGGUCAGGGUUUGGCUCUGGAACCCGGGGUCAGUCAGUAGGCGUAUCUUGGAGGAGGGCCUGUGCCAGGCGCGAAGCGGGCAUGUAGUGCUCGCUGACUGGUGCGCUGACACAGCGGUGCGAAUAAAACUGCCCGGAUGACCUGGAACAGAUUCGUUUCCCACUCUGUUAUUUUCCUCAGAUUUGGGUUGGACUAGAAAAUUCCUAUCUCAGAGCCCUGUUCUUUUACGAGUCUGCCUGUCGGACUUAAUAAAAUGACCGCCCAGUGACCGUAGUGUGUGAGUGGCCAGCUGGGCAGGUGACCCAUCCUGCAGGCUUUGAGCCUCGAAGAACCCGGUUCACUCAGCCACGUGUCCCG